AUUCAGCAGCCGCCGCCGCCGGAGCGUAAUAGGCUGAAGAUGCUGCCGAGCUCGCUCCGCGGCCACUUGUGAAUGGGACUUGCCCGGUGUCCCCUCUCCGCAGGCGACCGAGGGACGCGGCUGGGCGCGCCGGAGCCGCAGUUUUUGCUCAGGGGCGGGGAGGAGGAGGGUGAGCGUUUGGCCGUUUUAAAUUGUUCCUCGGGAGAAGCAGAUGCCGAGAGCCCCGAACUGAAAAUCUUUUGCUUGCGCCGUAGCUCCCAGGCACGAAAUGGAUAUGCAGCCAGAACUGAAGUAGAGGCUGGGUGGCAGCAGAGGGCUGAGAGGUGUCACAGCUCCUGAAGUGGCAUUUCAGAUGUGUGGAAUAUGCUACAUCAACUGGCAGCAGGUUUCCAGUGGGUGAAGGAACUGAGUUGGGAAGCUGCAGAGCAUUAAGGUGAUGUGUUCAAUGCGUGGUGGCAGCCUUUGCACACAAGAGUUGGUCUGAAACUCCUCAGUGGCUCCAGACUUUCUGACUUCCACAGUGGAAGGGGUAGAUUCUCAGAUACUCCUGUGCCUACACAAUAACCAAAAAUGAAGGAGGACCAUUGUUUACACGCCGCUCUCCUCUGCCUGGGGGUCCUGUGCUACAGCCAGGCCCUGACUGCAGAGAGGCUCAACCACUCCCGGCCCUUGCUGCACGGGCACCACGAGAAGGGCAAGGAGGGACAAGUCCUGCACCGUUCCAAAAGAGGCUGGGUGUGGAACCAGUUCUUUGUUAUAGAGGAGUACACGGGACCAGAUCCUGUGCUGGUAGGAAGGCUUCAUUCAGAUAUUGAUUCUGGAGAUGGAAAUAUUAAAUACAUUCUCUCAGGUGAAGGAGCAGGAAUUAUUUUUGUUAUUGAUGACAAAUCAGGGAACAUCCAUGCAACCAAGACACUGGACCGGGAGGAGAGAGCUCAGUACACCCUGACAGCUCAGGCUGUGGACAGGAACACAAACAGACCUUUGGAACCCCCUUCUGAAUUCAUUGUCAAAGUUCAAGACAUAAAUGACAACCCACCUGAGUUUCUCCAUGAAAACUACCAUGCCAAUGUGCCCGAGAGAUCAAAUGUAGGUACAUCAGUUAUUCAGGUAACAGCUUCAGAUGCUGAUGACCCUACCUAUGGGAACAGUGCCAAAUUGGUUUACAGUAUCCUUGAAGGUCAGCCCUACUUCUCAGUGGAGGCUCAAACAGGAAUCAUCCGAACUGCCCUUCCCAACAUGGACAGAGAAGCCAAGGAGGAGUACCACGUGGUGAUACAGGCCAAGGACAUGGGAGGACACAUGGGAGGCCUCUCAGGGACAACCAAAGUGACAAUUACGCUUACAGAUGUCAAUGACAACCCACCAAAGUUCCCACAGAGUGUGUACCAGAUGUCGGUGUCGGAAGCGGCUGUCCCAGGAGAGGAAGUGGGGAGAGUGAAGGCCAAAGAUCCUGACAUUGGGGAGAAUGGCUUGGUGGCUUACAGCAUCAUUGAUGGAGAUGGCAUGGACAUGUUUGAAAUCACCACAGAUUAUGAGACUCAGGAAGGGGUUGUGAAGCUUAAGAAGACCUUAGAUUAUGAAACCAAAAAGUCCUACAGCCUGAAGGUGGAGGCAGCCAAUGUCCACAUUGACCCCAAGUUCAUUAGCAACGGGCCCUUCAAGGACACAGUGACAGUGAAAAUAGCGGUGGAAGAUGCUGAUGAGCCACCGGUGUUUUUGAAGCCAAGUUACAUUUUUGAAGUACAGGAAAAUGCAGCAUCUGGUACUGUGGUUGGAAAAGUACAUGCUAAAGACCCGGAUGCUGCCAACAGCGCUAUAAGAUAUUCAAUUGAUCGACACACUGAUCUUGAAAGAUAUUUUGUUAUUAAUGCAGAAGAUGGCAAUAUCAAGACAAUAAAGGCUUUGGAUAGGGAAGAAAUGGCUUGGCAUAACAUCUCUGUCUUUGCAGUUGAAGUCCACAAACAGCACCAGGAAGCCAAAGUUCCCGUUGCAAUCAAGGUUGUUGACGUCAAUGACAACGCUCCCAAGUUUGCGGCAGCCUACGAAGCCUUUGUGUGUGAGAAUGCCCGAAGCAACCAGCAAUUUAUUACAAUUAGUGCUGAUGACAAGGACGACUCGGCCAAUGGACCAAGAUUUAUCUUCAGUUUACCACCUGAAAUUAUUCAUAAUCCAAAUUUUACACUCAGAGACAACAGAGAUAACACAGCGAGUGUGCUGGUCAGACGGGAAGGGUUCAGUCGCCAGAAGCAGGAUUUGUACCUCCUUCCCAUUGUGAUCAGCGACGGCGGCAUGCCCCCGCUUAGCAGCACCAACACGCUGACCAUCCGCGUCUGCGGCUGCGACAGCAGCGGCUCCCUGCUGUCCUGCAAUGCCGAGGCCUACGUCCUCAAUGCAGGGCUCAGCACAGGCGCUCUCAUCGCCAUCCUGGCCUGCAUCGUCAUUCUGUUAGUUAUUGUGGUGCUGUUUGUAACCCUGAAGAGGCAGAAGAAAGAGCCCCUGAUCGUGUUUGAGGAAGAAGACGUGAGGGAAAACAUCAUCACAUACGAUGAUGAGGGUGGAGGCGAGGAAGAUACAGAGGCAUUUGACAUCGCCACACUGCAGAACCCCGAUGGCAUCAAUGGCUUUAUCCCCCGCAAGGACAUCAAGCCCGAGUACCAGUACCUGCCCAGGCCGGGGCUGCGGCCCACACCCAACAGUGUGGAUGUAGAUGAUUUCAUCAACACCAGGAUACAGGAGGCUGACAAUGACCCCACUGCCCCUCCCUAUGACUCCAUCCAGAUCUAUGGCUACGAGGGCAGGGGCUCCGUGGCUGGGUCCCUCAGCUCCUUGGAGUCAGCGACAACAGAUUCUGACUUGGACUACGACUAUCUACAAAACUGGGGACCUCGAUUUAAGAAACUUGCAGACUUGUAUGGCUCCAAAGACACUUUCGAUGAUGAUUCUUAACAAUAAAGUUUAAGAUUUGGCCUUAAGAACUGUGUCUGAAGUUCUGAAGAAUCCAGAGGAAAUGUAAGCAGGUAUUUUUUUAAAAUCAAGAAAAAUCUCAUUUAAACAUUUAAGUUUGACGGAGAGGAUUCCUUUGAUAAAAAAGGACGUGAAAGUGGUAAAUACUGUGAAGUACCUUUUCUUACAAAAGGAAAUCUGGAAGUUGGCUGCCAGCUUCACUAAAGGAAAAAAACCCACUUAAGAAAUGCAAAAUAUUUAAAUGAAGAAAAUGCUAAAAGCGAACCUAUGAAUAAGGAAAAUCUUUUAUGUGUCAUGAACAUCUAAAUCUUUUAUGUCAAAGAAGCUUCCACAAAUUAGAAAAGAUAACAGUUCUGAGCUGUAAUUUCGCCUUAAACUAUGGACACUCUAUAUGGUAGUGCAUUUUUAAACUUGAAAUAUAUAAUAUUCAGCCAGCUUAAACCCAUAUGAUGUAUGUACAGUACAAUGUACAAUUAUUAUGUCUCUUGAGCAUCAAACUUGUUACUGCUGAUUCUUGUAAAUCUUUUUGCUUAUUCUUUCAUCUUGAACUAAUACGUGCCAGAUAUAAAAACUCUGUCUUGUUGAGGUGGGAGGCACCCUAUUUCUAUGUCAUUUUUAAUGUAUCUAUUUGUACAAUUUUAAAAUUCUUAUUUUAGUAUACAUACAAAUAUCAGUAUUCUGACAUGUAAGAAAUGUUACAGCAUCACACUUAUAUUUUAUGAACAUUGUACUGUUGCUUUAAUAUGUGCUUCAAUAUAAGAAGCAGACUUUGAAAUAAACUGAUUCUUUUUAAA